UUAGCACGCCCGUCAGCCGGUUAGCGCCGAGCGCGGCAGUGGCUGCCCAUGUAAACCGAUUGGCUGGUGGGUUUGACGGUCUUGUCCUAUGCUCAAGGGCGGGGUUCUCGGUCGGUGAAACUGAAUUACCGGUGGAAGAAAACUUACCCUUGUUGAGCCUUGYGGUGUGGGAAUGCGCUGGACACUGCCCGUGAAAAUAGGAGCMCAAUAGACAUAUCUGGGAAUGUCUUAACGUUUUGUCACUAGUUCCAGGAUAUAGAAAUGGACUCUUGUUUGACUCGAAAUAAAUAAUUAUUUUUCCUUCUCAGAAUGAAGUGACAUCACAUUUCAGUAACUGGGAUCUGAAAUCUUUACAACCAGAUUUUUUCUCCGCAACGGGAAACAUAGGAUUUGAUUUUGAUAAGGGUGGGAGGCGUGGGGUGGGGUUGGGAGCAUGGCUGAACCACGCCGUGAGAGCACCAGCAGCCUGCAGAGGAAGAAGCCUCCAUGGCUCAGACUGGACAUUCCCACUGCUCAGGUGUCCCUGGAUGAGCCACCCACCUUCGUUCAGAGUUAUUAUGUGGUCUGUUUUAUCAGCAUGCCAGUGGAAGCCCCUCCCACCUCCGGUCCCCGCCUCGCGACCUCUUUGACCCCGCCGGCCGGCCCCUUGCUACGCCAGUCCUCCAUCACACAAACCAUCAAGACCCCCCUGCCCUGUCCUCCUCCACCUCCCACCCUCCUCCUCUCACCUUCCUACCUUCUCCCCCUGCCCGUCUCCAGCAGCAGGAGGGUGCACUUUGAGCGGAUUAACACAGUGCCCGUUAAGGGUCAGCGGGCAUCUCGCCGCGGCCCCAGGAAGCAUCACUCUCUCUCCAGAACCCUGCUCAGGGGCACAGCGGACUGGUUCGGGGUCAGUAAGGACGGCGAUGCCACCCAGAAAUGGCAGAGGAAGAGUCUGCGCCACUGCAGCAUGCGCUAUGGCCGUCUGAAGCCCCAGGUGAUCCGGSAGAUGGACCUGUCCAGUCAGGACAACAUCUCUCUGACCAGCACCGAGACGCCCCCGCCCCUCUACGUACCCUCCUCAGCACACGCCUUUGGCAUGCAGAAGAUCGUGGACCCGUUGGCGAGGGGGCGUGCGUUCCGUAUGGUGGAGGAGGUGGACGGUUACAGCGUGCCCCAGACCCCCGUCACCCCCGGCGCCGCUUCCCUCUGCUCCUUCACCUCCUCCCGCUCRGGCCUCAACCGGCUGCCGCGGCGACGCAAGAGGGAGUCUGUCGCCAAGAUGAGCUUCAGGGCAGCARCMGCUCUGGUKAAGGGGCGCUCCCUGCGGGAAAACGCCACCCUGCGGCGGAUGCAGAGACGCAGCUUCACCCCUGCUAGCUUCAUGGAGGAGGACGGGGUGGACUUACCUGAUGAGCUGGACACAUCCUUCUUCGCCAGAGACUGUCUGAUGCAGGAAGAGUUGUCCACAUACGCUGACGAGGUGUUUGAGUCUCCGUCGGACGCGGCUAUGAUGGAUGUGGUGCAGGAGGAGGGCAGUAUGCUGGACGAGACGGAGCUGACCGGCAGCGCUCUGGACAAGAGUGAACUGGAGAGGAGCCAUCUCAUGCUGCCUCUGGAGCGAGGGUGGCGUAAGGCCAAAGAGGGAACCCCAGGACCGCCCAAGGUGCCCUUGCGGCAGGAGGUGGUGAGUGUGAACGGACAGCGACGGGGUCAGCGCAUCGUUGUGCCCGUCAAGAAGCUGUUCGCUCGGGAGAAGAGGCCCUACGGGCUGGGCAUGGUGGGGAAGCUCACCAACCGAACCUACCGCAAGCGCAUCGACAGCUAUGUGAAGAGGCAGAUAGAGGACAUGGAUGACCAUAGGCCUUUCUUUACGUACUGGAUCACUGUUGUCCACUUGCUGAUCACCAUCCUGGCUGUCUGCAUCUAUGGCAUCGCCCCCGUGGGCUUCUCCCAGCACGAGACGGUUGAUUCUGUGAGUUCUAGAAACAAAGGUGUAUAUGAAAAUGUCAAGUUUGUACAACAAGAGAACUUCUGGGUCGGGCCCAGUUCAGUAAGCUCUGAUCACCUGGGGGCCAAGUACUCUCCCUGCAUGCGUCAGGACCAGCAGGUGCACGACCUGAUCCGGGACAAGAGAGACAUAGAGAGAGACUCUGCCUGCUGUGUACGCAACGACCGCUCCGGCUGUCUACAGACCUCAGAGGAGGAGUGUUCGAGUACUCUGGCCGUGUGGGUGAAGUGGCCGCGGCAUCACAGACCCCUCAGCUGGAGGGCCAAGACAGUCUUUCUGUCCCACUGUAGGAUCCUUCACUGCAUGGUGUCAGUGUGCUUCCAGAUGACCAUCCUGAGAGACCUGGAGAAGCUGGCAGGCUGGCUGAGGAUCUCCAUCAUAUACAUCCUGUCUGGCAUCACCGGAAACCUAGCCAGCGCCAUCUUCCUGCCCUACAGAGCAGAGGUGGGUCCGGCAGGCUCCCAGUUUGGCAUCCUGGCCUGCCUGUUUGUGGAGCUGUUCCAGAGCUGGCAGAUCCUGGCCCAGCCGUGGCGGGCCUUCAUCAAGCUGCUGUGUGUGGUGCUCUUCCUCUUCGCCUUCGGCCUGCUGCCCUGGAUCGACAACUUUGCCCACAUCUUUGGCUUCRUCUCUGGCUUCUUCUUGUCCUUCGCCUUCCUGCCCUACAUCAGCUUCGGACGCAUGGACAUGUACCGCAAGCGGCUGCAGAUCAUCGUCUUCCUGGUGGUGUUCUUGGGGCUGUUCGCCGGCCUCGUGGUGCUUUUCUAUGUGUACCCCAUCAAGUGUGACUGGUGUGAACUGCUCACCUGCAUCCCCUUCACAGAUAAGUUCUGUGAGAAGUAUGACCUCAACGCCCACCUCCACUGAGGAGUGGGAAGGUAGCGCUUGAGGAGGGGCGUCAGGUCUAGAGGCAUCGAUUGGCAGGUGUUAUCAAGUAAUCCUUGUCUCUGUUUCUGCCCUAUAGUGUGGCUAAAGAGGAGGGGAGGGUCCYGUGUGGAGCUCCCUCUCCUCUGGCUCUGUGAACUGAACUCUGAUGACAAUAUGCUUGUGUUUUUUACUCGGUCUGUCUGUAUGAAUAAGUAGGAAUGCCACUGCACUCGUCAUGAGGACUUGCAUUAAUCACAUUCUUUUCACCCCCCCACACACACCAUUUUCUCUCCUCCACUGACCAAUGAGAGAAGGGUAUGGUCUAACCACUUAUCUAAGCCCCUCCCACAUGUCUCUCUCUCUUCACGUGUAAGGCAGGGUUUGGAGGAGUCAUCACUGGUACAAUAGACAGAAGGAAAUAUUUCUGUAUUUUUUUCAAUUUGUUMUUUUUUAAUUUUAUUUUCAUGUUUUUAACACUCACAAUCCAGGAGUAGGUUUUGUAAUUAUUCAGGCAACCUCUCAACAACAACCAGGGACAAACAAUCAGACAUUAAUACCUUUGGUGCCUUGCUGAUAAUGACCAACUACUGCCAUAUUUUUGUUACAAUACGUUGAGCACUCGAAUGCUAUCCUUUUAUUUGUGUAUUGCUUCUUAAGAAGUAAUGUUAUUGAAACAAGUAGUGUUUUAGCUACCCAUCUACUCAUAUGUAACUGAAUACAACAGUAAAAAAAACUUGAAAAGAAAA